ACAAAGCAAAAGAGUGGAGAGAGGAAAUCGUUACGGUUUUUUGGAUUUUCACAGUGAUUGGCGGUGGAGUUCAUCUACUUGAGCAGAAACUAGAGAGAAAGAUUACUAUUUAGCCGCUGGACCCGGAUUUAUGAGAGAGAAAGACAGAUUUAAUAGGGGAUAAACUUCGCCCAUACAAAUGGCGUCUCGAAAACAUAUCAAACAAACAAUGAACUCAAGCGGUGGGCUUUGAUUAGAUGGAUUGACUGGUUAUAUCAAUCAUGAAACAAAAUUUCCAAGUGGGUUGUGAUGCGAUCACCGAAACAUUAUACCCCACCUGUUUAAGAGCCGAAAUUUCAGCCGAAAUCUGCUGAAAACUCGACGGCAUGUGGCCUCCAAGCCAUUGCUGCUAUAACCAGUAGAAGCCUUGCAGAAAUUACCCAUUUUCUAUUUACUUGAGGUUUCAGUGAGAAAAUGUAUUAUGGGAGGUAGAUAUGAGAUGGGUUUUACUUUCUUUUUUAUCUUUGGGGCAUUUGUUAUUAAACAAGGGACCAUGAAGCAUUCUGGGAUGAGAGCAGUUGUUGUAUCAGAGUAAGUUAAUUCCAGGACCCAGUCUGCUCGUUUGGUGAAUUCAAGGUUCGUACUUGGCCAGUGUACAGUGAGAGGAAAGAGGGUAUUAUCGAUACUUGAAGCGUAAUAACCAGGUUAGAUGAUGGCAAGGCCUCUUCAUCGAGGAUUUUCAGGAGGAGGCCGAGUUGCUGAGACUAGUAGAGUCGGGGAUUCAUGGGGUUCUCCGAAGAAAGAGGAUUCAUGGGAUUCUCAGAUGAAAGAUAAGAUUGAAAAGGAAGGUUUCGAUAAACCACGCCCUCUACCUUAUGUAGUGAGUUUCUGGACCAAGUUAAUUGGUUUUGAUGCCUCUUCUGAUCACAUCUUUUUGAAACAAGGUCCAAGGCUUUCGAGCAAAUCUCUUGCUGAAAAUGGUUUUGGAUCUGAUCCAAAAGACCUAUCUUCCCAGAUCCACAGUAGAAUUGAUUUGGAUUCGCCUAGUGCUCGAAGAAUUCGGCAGGGAAUGGUGGCUAUGCGCCUUCUCCAAUGGGCUUUAGCUUUGAUUGUUUUGAUUUCUGUGUCUGGUUUCUUAUGGUGGACCAUUUCAAUUUCAUCUUCGAGAAGUGGAACCGUUUACAGGGGUUAUAGGAGGCUUCAGGAACAGGUCAUAGUGGACCUUGUGGAUAUUGGGGUGCUCUCCAGUGGUGUCUCUAAUAAGCUGAAGGAACUGGAUUUUUGCUCUCAUGAUUUGGAGAACUUUGUGCCUUGCUUCAAUGUAUCGGAGAAUUUGGCUUUGGGUCACUCAAAUGAAGAUGAGUACGAUCGGCAGUGUGUUCAUAAAUCAAGAGAAAAGUGCUUGGUUCUUCCACCCAAGGAUUAUAGGAUCCCUUUGAGGUGGCCCACGGGAAGAGAUGUUAUAUGGAGUAUGAAUGUGAAGAUUACUCCUGAACAAGUUGUUUCAUCGGGGAGUUUGACCAAAAGGAUGAUGUUAUUGGAAGAUAAUCAGAUUUCUUUUCGUUCAGACUCCCUCAUGGUGGAUGGGGUUGAAGAUUAUUCUCAUCAAAUAGCAGAAAUGAUAGGGCUGCGGAAUGAAUCUAAUUUCAUUCAUGCUGGCGUUCGAACUGUUUUAGAUAUAGGUUGUGGGUAUGGUAGCUUCGGAGCACAUCUCUUCUCCAAACAGUUACUGACCAUGUGUAUUGCAAUUUAUGAGGUUUAUGGUAGUCAAGUUCAAUUAGCUCUUGAAAGAGGCCUUCCUGCAAUGAUUGCCUCUUUUAACUCUAAACAGCUGCCGUAUUCUUCCCUUUCAUUUGAUAUGUUACAUUGUGCUCGGUGUGGAAUAGAAUGGGAACAGAAAGAUGGUGCUUUCCUGAUUGAGGCCGAUAGAGUUUUAAGGCCUGGGGGUUAUUUUGUCUGGACUUCACCACUAACAAACUUGCAGGGAUCUAGUCGCAAUAAAUCAAACCAAAAGAAAUGGGAAUUUGUACGUGAUUUUGCUUUAAAUCUUUGCUGGGAAAUGUUAUCACAGCAAGAUGAAACUGUGGUCUGGAAGAAGACAAGUAGAAGAAACUGUUAUGCUUCUCGGGAAUUUGGAGCUGGUCCUUCUCUUUGCUUCAAGGGGCAGGACAUCGAAUCACCAUAUUAUCGACCUUUGCAAACCUGCAUUGCCGGAACUCAUAGUCGUCGAUGGAUCCCCAUUGAAGAAAGGACUAGUUGGCCUUCUCGGCUUAUGUUGAAUGCAUCAGAAGCUUCUUUACAUGGUGUACACAAGGAAGACUUUGAUGAAGAUGGCUAUAACUGGCAGUCAAUGGUCCGUAACUACUGGUCUUUACUUUCUCCUAUUAUCUUUUCAGACCAUCCAAAAAGACCUGGGGAUGAGGAUCCUUCCCCACCAUUUAACAUGGUCCGGAAUGUGCUGGAUAUGAAUGCCCUGUUUGGUGGGUUUAAUGCUGCUUUGUUAGAUGCUCGUAAAUCAGUGUGGGUUAUGAAUGUUGUGCCUAAAGGUGGUCCGAAUUACCUUCCGCUUAUCCUUGAUAGAGGACUGGUUGGUGUUCUUCAUGACUGGUGUGAAGCGUUUCCAACAUAUCCUCGGACUUAUGAUUUGAUUCAUGCUCAAGGCAUUGUUUCUUUUCAGACUGCUAGCCGUCCUUGGUGCCCAAUACUUAAUUUGUUCUUAGAGAUGGACCGAAUUCUCCGGCCUGAGGGUUGGGUGAUCCUACGAGACACAACGUUGAGCAUUGAAGCGGGCCGGACUUUGGCAGCACAAAUGAGAUGGGAUGCUAGGGUGGUGGAAUUGGAGAACAACGAGGAGCGGCUCCUCAUAUGCCAGAAGCCAUUUAUCAAGAAGCCAUGAUUUGUGAAAAGCUCCACUUUACAUGUGAUUUUUGCAACCUCAGAAUAUACAUACGUAAUUUUCCAAUUUCUCUCUCUGCUUGUGAUAAAGCUAUCCUUAAGGGAAAGGAUGUUGAUGUAAGAGGUACUCAAGACGUGACAAAGAAAGGAAGAGAAGCGCGGAUUGGUAAGAGGCGAUUCAAUAUUCCUAUGAAACCUAAGGUUUCAUAGGAGCUUGUAACAUGCAAGAAAAGAAGAUGGAGAUAGUGGUCAUAACGGGAAUGAUUGAUAUUCUUAAAAGAAAAAGUAUUUGAAUAAAAAUUCUAGUGAACCAACAGGCCGGCAAUAGAUGGCAAUGUUGGGGAGAUGAGAGUUUUUGUACAUGUGGUUGGCAGAUGAAAAACACAAUACAAUGUCACAAAUAGUGUGUACCAAAUUGAUAUGAAGCAUUUGGUUUUUUUCUGUUCUU